AUGGACAACAACAACAAUAUUAUGAAUCAACCACUGACGAGCGGCGCGGACGCUGGAGAUUCCAUGUCGCAGACAUCGAGUCAGGGUCGAAGUAGACUCCAAGGUUCUCUGCUGGACCGCAUUCGAGCACAACGAAGCCGCGAUGAUGGUGCCGCUCCUGCCGAACAAGGACAAAUGAUUGUGGGACCGGGUCCCAUGGCUCCCUCUCAAAUUUCGAUUCCUACCUAUCGAGACCACAUAACCGCCAACAACACCACCAACAAUAAUAUGAUGAAUUCGGCCAUGACAUCUACCAAUGACAUGAGUGAACUGGGUUCCUCUUCCAUGAUGUCUACUAUUGGAUUUGGAAGCGCCUUUGCACCACAAAACGGUGUUUCUUCGGAAGCACUGCUUGGGAACCACAACCAACAACAAGGAGGAGGAGGUGGAGAUUACAGCAUGACAGUUUACUUCAAAACAUUUGUCAUGGAUGUCUACAGCCUCUUCCAAUCGUUGCCGGUAUGGGCUCAGGUGGUGCUCAUUAUCUUUUUGGUCUUCCUGGUCAUCAAAUGGAUUUAG